CGCGCGUGUGUCGGCGGCCGGGGAAGGUGGCGGAGCGAGCGCCCUUCCCUGGCUAUUUCUCCUCUCUCUCUCCCUCUCUCUCUUUCUCUCCCUCCCUUCCCCGUCCAUUCAUUGCUGCCCUGCGGACUGUCUGCGCUCCCCUCUCCGCUGGCUGCCGCCGCCGCCACCGCCAUGGAGGCGCUGAUUCCGGUCAUUAACAAGCUGCAGGACGUCUUCAACACGGUGGGCGCCGAUAUCAUCCAGCUGCCGCAGAUCGUGGUGGUCGGGACGCAGUCAAGUGACUCUACUGAUUGUCGCUGUAGUACAAGAAUGUGACUUCUGCUUUCUCUUUCUUCCUGAUAUGGUUUCCUUAUUGCAGAGCAGUGGCAAAAGUUCUGUGCUAGAAAGCCUGGUGGGGAGAGAUCUGCUCCCAAGAGGCACUGGGAUUGUUACUCGAAGGCCCCUCAUCCUGCAGCUGGUACACGUUACAACAGAAGAAUGUCGGAAAACUGCUGGAGAUGAAAAUGACCCUGCAACAUGGAAACAUUCAAGGCACCUUUCUAAAGGGAUUGAUGCUGAAGAAUGGGGAAAAUUUCUACACACCAAAAACAAGCUCUACACAGAUUUUGAUGAAAUUAGACAAGAAAUAGAAAAUGAAACUGAAAGGAUUUCAGGAAACAAUAAGGGAAUCAGUCCUGAACCAAUUCACCUAAAGAUUUUUUCACCUAAUGUUGUCAACCUGACCCUGGUAGAUUUACCAGGAAUGACAAAGGUACCUGUAGGUGAUCAGCCAAAAGAUAUUGAACUUCAGAUCCGAGAACUAAUCCUUCGCUUCAUUAGUAACCCCAAUUCAAUUAUUCUGGCAGUCACUGCUGCCAACACAGACAUGGCCACCUCUGAAGCACUGAAAAUAGCCCGAGAGGUAGAUCCAGAUGGGCGGCGUACCCUUGCUGUGAUCACAAAGCUGGAUCUCAUGGAUGCUGGCACAGAUGCCAUGGAUGUGCUUAUGGGAAGAGUAAUACCCGUGAAGCUUGGCAUCAUUGGUGUGGUCAACAGGAGUCAGCUGGAUAUCAACACCAAGAAGAGUGUGGCCGAUUCAAUUCGUGAUGAAUAUGGUUUUCUCCAGAAGAAGUAUCCCUCUUUAGCCAACCGCAAUGGGACAAAGUAUCUAGCUAGAACUCUUAACAGGCUACUCAUGCAUCACAUUAGAGAUUGCUUACCUGAACUGAAAACCAGAAUCAAUGUUUUAGCUGCCCAGUACCAGUCUCUGCUCAACAGUUAUGGAGAACCAGUAGAUGAUAAGAGUGCCACAUUAUUGCAGCUUAUUACCAAAUUUGCCAGUGAAUAUUGCAACACCAUUGAAGGGACAGCAAAAUACAUAGAGACUUCAGAACUGUGUGGCGGAGCUAGAAUUUGCUACAUUUUUCAUGAAACCUUCGGGCGCACCUUAGAGUCUGUGGAUCCAUUAGGUGGCCUUAACACCAUUGACAUCUUGACUGCCAUUAGAAAUGCUACUGGUCCCCGGCCUGCGUUGUUUAUACCUGAAGUUUCAUUUGAAUUGUUAGUAAAAAGGCAAAUCAAACGCUUGGAAGAGCCCAGCUUACGAUGUGUGGAACUCGUUCAUGAGGAAAUGCAACGGAUUAUUCAGCACUGUAGCAAUUACAGUACUCAGGAAUUGCUGAGAUUUCCUAAACUCCAUGAUGCCAUUGUUGAGGUUGUGACCAGUCUUUUGCGUCGAAGGCUACCAAUUACAAAUGAAAUGGUUCACAAUUUAGUAGCGAUUGAAUUGGCUUAUAUCAACACCAAGCAUCCAGAUUUUGCAGAUGCUUGUGGGCUAAUAAACAAUAAUAUAGAGGAACAAAGGCGGAACAGAUUAGCUAGAGAGAUGUCUUCUCAUGGAUUACGGGACAAGUCCAUUAAGCCUCCUGGUGUUAUGCCACCAUCUUCCCAGGAGACUUCUGCUGCUGGUUCUGCUGAGGUUGAUGGCAAGGCAUCUCUUGCUUCUGGAGAAGGAAUUCCAGAAUCUGGAACUGGCAAUUGGAGAGGAAUGCUGAAAUCAUCAAAGACAGAAGAGAUAUUAGCAGAGGAAAAAUCCAAACCAGUAACAGUUUUACCUGCCAGCCCUCAAAAAGGCCAUGCUGUAAACUUGCUAGAUGUGCCUGUUCCUGUUGCACGCAAGCUUUCAGCCCGGGAACAAAGAGAUUGCGAAGUGAUAGAACGUCUCAUCAAAUCCUAUUUCCUAAUUGUCAGGAAGAACAUUCAAGACAGUGUGCCAAAAGCAGUGAUGCAUUUUUUGGUGAACCACGUGAAAGAUACUCUUCAGAGUGAGCUAGUUGGACAGCUGUACAAAGCUUUACUGCUGGAUGAUCUUUUAACUGAAUCAGAAGACAUGGCUCAGCGCAGGAAGGAGGCAGCUGACAUGUUACAGGCCCUGCAAAGAGCCAGUCAAAUUAUUGCAGAGAUUAGAGAAACACAUCUUUGGUGAAGAAACAAGAGACUUGAAAAGGGCUAGGUGUUAUAUACUAAUGAAACUCCAUGUGUAUCGCAGCAUGUAAAGUCUGCUUAUAUCAAGAAGUUUGGUUCAGUUGUCUGUGGACAGAAAAGCAUCCUGUACAUUGCAAAGCAAAUAAUAUUUAAUCAUCAUCACUCCCGGCUGUUUCCUGAUACAAAGAACAACCUUGUUUUAUGUGGGACUGAAUUAAGUUAAAAUUGAGGAAAAAGCUAGGUUAAAAUCCCAGUUCCUGGUUUGGUUAAAUUAGUUGCCUGUGAAUAGGAUGAGCAGUGUAGAAUUGUGAUAUAGCUUUUUCAGCUGCUUUUGCAAUAUAAGUUUUUAUCCGUGAAAGAAGGACCCUGCAAUAUUUAAUUAUGAAUUUAAUUGCAUGCUCUUGAUCUCAAGAAGACGAACCAUACAAGAGAAAUAUUGCCUCUUAGCUAUUUGAUAUGUAAACUCAAAGAUAGUUGGUUUAACUUCUGGUAUUACUGAACUUUUCUCUUUAUUAUAUAAAUAUGGAAUAUGUCAGCAAGAAAUUUCCAUUCACCAGUUUCCUCUGGAUGGGACCAAAAACCUGGGACCAUUCCCUAAAAUAUCAGACUUUAAAAAAAUAAGUAGAAAUAGUAUGAAAGAUCAUGUCUCUCUUAAUAAUCUUUGAAAGAACACUGAAGUAGGCAGCUGUCCAUCAGAUCAACUUGGAUCACCAGAACAUAUUGCUAAGUUCUGCCUUUUUUUAAAAAAACAAACACCAGUGGUACAGCCAAUUUGUUUGACUUCUCUACUAUGACCAGCAAAAGCAACAAUGGCAUACUGAUCCCUGAAUAUUUUAUUAUUUUAAAGUACAACGGGUAUUAUCACAGAUAGUUUUUUUUCCUUUUUAAAGGAAACAUUAACUGUCAUGUUUGAAAUGACUAUUUCUAACUUCCUUUGAGCAGCACACAUUAGGAAGUAAGCAUAGUGCUUUCUUCCAUGAGUACUUGUGGAAAACCAAAAUUUGCCUGAUAAUGUCAACAUAACAGGCUAAAAAGAAGUUGACCUAAAUCAUUUGAGACCAGAAACUUUUAAUAUUCAGUAAGUUUGAGAGUAUAUGAGUUCCACCCUUAUUUUACACUGAAACAUAGUUGCAUUUACUGCUCUUAAAUGUAUCUGCAAUUUAUUACAGAAAUUCACACCCACAUGCAGAGUAAUCAUACGAAAAAUAAAAUUGUGUUUGAAUCUCA